GAUAGCAGAAACAGCUGUUGCGCGGUGCUGCCACCUGGCGGUUGGCUAGCUGAAGCGGUUAAUUCGCAGACUUUUGAACCGAUAAUUACCAUAAUCGCAGGCUUAGUAAAACGCGUUGUAUAUGGGACACACAUAUACAUAAAGUUUUUCGUGUGCUUCCCCGUUUAUGACUUCCCUUCCUCUUCCAACUUGCAUACUUCUACACGAGAAAAAUCGCUCCGCAGUCCAACAAAGUCUUUUGAUUAUUCAGUAUUAAGCCAGAGCUGCUCGCGUUUGGUGCUCGCGAGCUGAGUUGCCGCCGAUUGCCGGAACGCCCGAAUUCCUGGAAUCCCAACCACCCCACACCAUAUCAAUAAACCAAACACAGAAAGGAAUCUGAUAUCUAGAUACCGCCUAACACCGUCGCCAAGGAGCCAAUUCUGGACAGGAUGAGCAGCAAGGUGAACUUCGUCUUCGACAGCAAUCCCCUGGGGGUCUAUCAAGCCGGUCAGCUAAUCUCCGGCACGGCUGAACUGGUCACGGAGCGUCCAAAGACGAUUCGCUCGAUCUUUAUAACCAUAAAUGGAUACGGCGAGACGCGCUGGCAGGAGAGCGAGGAGCGAGUGGGCGAGGAUGGGAAGACGACCAAGUCUGCGGUGACCCACACCACCACCGAGGUCUACUACAGCACUGAUCAGCCGGUUUACGGACAGGCCGGCGGAUCCCAGCUGGAGCUGCCCACCGGCAAGUACGUCUUCCCCUUCCGGACGACCAUUCCGCCCAACGCACCCACCUCCUUCAAUGGUGCUCAUGGUCAGAUUAAGCACGAGGUCACCCUGACCAUUGAUCGCGCGGUUCGCUACAACAACACCUUUAAGCAGUGCUUCACGGUGAUCCUGCCACUUGAUCUCAAUCAGCGGCUGGAGUAUAAGGAACCCCUGCAACGCUUGGAGUCGAAGAGCUUCUGGUGGGGUUCAAUUUUCGGUGCCCAUAAGCCGAUGAUCAUGGACGUGAGCACCUCCUACUCUGCCUACGUGCCCGGCCAGAAGAUCCAUUUCCAUCUGGUGCUGGACAACCAGUCGGAUGUGCAGUGCAUGGACGUGAAGGUGCGUUUGCUCAAGAACGUCUCGUAUCGAGCCAACUCAUCGGGGGCGAAGGAGCAGCUAAAGGUCACCGAAUCUCGGGUGGCGGACAAGCAUUGUGGUGAGGUGCUGAAGCACAACAAGGCCAAGUUCAAUGAGUUCCUCAUGGUGCCGCCAACCACGCCAUCCACACAAAGCGAAAAGGAUCCCAUUCGAGUCAGCUACACACUGCGCUUCAUCGCCAAGACCUUCAAGCUUCACGGUGGCGGCGACUUGGUCAUGGACUUUCCACUAACCAUUGGCACAGUGCCGCUGCUGGGAAGUGCCGAUGACAAGGGACCCGUGGCGGAAAGGGCCCAGCCUAGUGCUGCCUCCCAUCCAGGCUCGCCCAACUUUCAGGAGGACGUCAGUGAAGAGCAGUUCGAGGCCAACGCCUUUAAGCCGAGAUAUCCCGUCUACCCAUUUGAUGGAAAGCCCGGAACUAAUGGCUCCAACGGGGCAGCCAAUUUUCCAAGUCUUUACCCCAAGGUAGCGGAUGCGCAUCCUGCUACACCUGUGAAAUUCACACCCAAUCCUGUGUCGCCAGCCUCACAAAAAUCACCACCAUAUCCGACCAAUAUACCCGUUGCUGCGCCGCCAAGCGACAAUUUUGAGGUGCUCGGAUUCAGUAUACCACCAGACUAUAAGCCCACGCCCAGUGCUCCAGCCGCUUCUUCCACUGGCGGCAUUGGGUGGAAAUAGGGACCACAAUCCAACCAUUUCGUAUUCUACUCUAUUCUAAGCCAUUUUGAAAUGCACAAGAAAGCCCGCGUAAGUGGCAACGCUGUGCUCGUGACAGCAGAAGUAAUAUCGACAUUUUACAUUUAAGAAUUGUAUAGUCCCAAAUUGACUUUUAUCAACUUGAGCAUAAACAUAGUGAUCUGGUUUCAGGGAUUAUGCUUACUAUUACAAAUAUAUUAAUGUUCCAAUAAACGAUACAGAUCGAGUGUAGUAA